AUGUUAUGUGAAUCACAAUCGAGUGUAAUUUAUAAAUUUCUAUUAACAUCACUAAAUGAUAAUAAAAUAUAUGCAAUGAUAUCAAUAUUAAAUUGGGAUACAUUACUAUUAACAAAUCAUUACAGUUUAAAUGAAAAUAAUAAUGGUGAUAAAGCAGAGAAAUUUAUCCCAAUUUUAAAAAUAUUAUAUAAAAGUACAAUAAAUAAUAACGAAGAUAAUUCAAACAAUGAAAAUUUAGAAGAGUUAUUAAAUAAAUGGGAAUUUGAAUACGAAGCUAAAAGAAUUUAUCUUCCAACAGAGGAGUGCUUUCAGAUAAUUGACACGAUGAAUAACAGCAACGAAAUAUUUCCUAAUAAUAGCAAAAAAUUUAAAAAUUAUUCAAAUAAUUCAAAUAACUCAAACAAUUCAAAUAAUUCAAAUAACUGCAAUAUUUUCAAUAUUGGGAUGUUAAGAUUAAGAUUAUACACAAACUAA